AAAGAGUGACACAUGCCAAAGUGUAGUCAUUAAGGAGAGUGGUGGAAGCAGUUUCUUUUUUCUUCCCACAGACUUGAACUGUCUGCUCCCACUUUCAUCACUUUUCAAACCAACUCCACCUAAUUAUUAACACCCAAAACCACCAAUCAUUCAUUCAUGCAUAUGCGGUAUGCCCUCCUCCAUCACCAAUCCCCCCAUACCUAAUCAUCAUGAACCAGAAGCUCAAGCUUUAGCUUUCACUUUCAUUGCUUGUUGCUCCCUCUGUCUCACCGCUGAACCUACAACACACCAAAGGGUUAUCUAUAUAUAGUUCUUGAAGCAUGUUCGACAUCUUUUUCGGCUGGAGGAAAGCUUCAAAAUGUAAAAAGCUUAUCAAGCGUGUUCAGUGUCGCUUGAAGCUCUUGAAGAACAAGAGGUUUACGAUUGUGAAACAGCUACGGGAGGAUCUUGCUCAGCUCAUUAAACUUGGCUAUGAAGAAACUGCUUUUAAUCGGGCUGAGCAGCUUCUUAAUGAUGAGAAUCUAAUGGCAGUCUAUGAUAUGUUGGAUCAGUUCUGUGAAUUUAUCAAAUUUCAAUUGUCUUAUAUUUGCAGAAACAAGUACUUUUUCCAUCUUAAGUUCUUAACAACAGUUUCCUUUUCACAAUCGAUUCAUGUUUCUGACUAUGAACAAUUCUGGUAUUUUAGGGACUGCCCUAAUGAUAUCAAUGAAGCAGUUUCUAGCCUUAUAUUCGCUUCUGCAAGAUGCGCGGAACUUCCCGAGCUUACUGCGAUUCGUAAGCUCUUCGGGGACCGUUACGGGCAUCGGUUCGUGACGGUGGCUGUUGAAUUACUUCCCGGGAAUCUGGUGAACCGUGAGAUACAAGAGAAGCUGUCUGUAAAAUCGGUUUCGGAUGAUUCUAAGUGCAGAUUGAUCGAUGAAAUAACUCGAAAUUACUGCUUACAGCCUGCAUUUCUAGCACUUGAAUACUUCCCCGAUUUGCAACGCCAGGGUUCAGAUGGGAGUGAAGGCAAAUCCAUACAAGUUGAUCCUUUGCAAUUUCAAUCGACAGCGGAUUGUCUCGAUGAUCGACAAGGCCGGAACAUCGACCGGAUUAGUUUGCCUCGGAAAGCGACGUCUUCCUCAGAAAGUGUGCCUCGGUUCUCUGAGGAAGUAGUUGUCUAUCUUGAUGACAUAGAAGAGCUACAAUCUUCCAUGAGAAAAGAAGCAGAUUGUCAGGACCAGAGACUAUUCAAGUUCAAGUCGCUCAGUCUGCCUACAAGUGGAGUGGUUGUUGGCGGCAUGGAUGGUGACGGUGAAACGGAUAAUGAGAAGCCAAAGCCGCGGAACAAAUCAAGGAGGAGGUCGUUCUGCAUCGAACGUUCAAGCAUGAAGGACGUUGAUCACGAGAUUUAUUACGAGAAUCACAAGCAUAAAUCUCAUCACGGCAGAAAGCUCCACAAUAAGGAAACAUUAGCAGAAAGUAAAGAAGCAACUUAUGUUCUGAAGAGGCCUAAACAGCCUCACCGCAUUGCUCAAAAGUCGGGGCAGUGUACUGUUUGUGUUGCGGAAGAAAUUCCAGGUGACAAGUUUUGCAAUUGUCGAUGUUCUUCCAAUAACGAAACCCGGAAUCUGAGGAGAAGAAGCUACGACGAUGGUCCGAGUGUGUAUGAAGUUUUGGCAUUACCGAGAAUACAAAAGGAGACUGUGGGUGGUUCCGAGACGAGAAAAGGAACGGAAGGUCCAUAUCUGAGGGCCGUAACAAUGCCGCAAGAAAGGCCGAGAGAGAUACAUAGGUACAACGUUGCUCGGUCGAAUUCAUUAUCGGUUCACAACCCUAACCAUGUCCAUCCGAAGCUGCCGCAGUAUGAAGACAUAGCAGCCAAAUUCAUGGCUCUCAAAAAGGAGCGUCUGCUACAUAAGCAGUGAUGAACAUCCUAAAGAUUCUCUGGUAUUCUUUUCUUCUCAUGUUAGAUCAUAUG